AUGGAGCGCGAACGGAGCUAUCAGCCGCGCGAUUAUCCGGAGGAUCAGCAAGCUAUGGCCCUGAGCUCGGAGGCCCCUCCAAAACUUAGGCAUCGAGGAGACGCUCGGCUCCUGAAGCAGCGCGCUCACGACGAUAUCGUCUCCAUCUUGAAGACCUGGUACAGCCAGGGUCUAAAAACUUCCCCCCUCGGAGCCGCCCCCAGGAUCACGGAGCUGCGGGAGUUCCAUCAGAGGACUGGGCACUGUGCCUUUGGCGGGGGGAAGCUGAUGCAACUCGGCGUCUUGAGCUUCUCUUCGCGGAUGCAGGACAUCGAGGCUACGAGGAUAUCAUGCGUCUUAGAAUCCGGGGCCGGAGCCGCGGGGUCCUUCCUUCGGCUCACCCACGGCAAAGGCCAGGCCUGGGCAGCUUGGUGGGGCCUCAUGGAGCUGCUGGGCACACAGGUCUCCCCACACAUCAGCCGCCACCCCGUGAAGGCUAUCACGGACUGCAUUAUUUGGCGCCUCACUCCACCCAGCCUCAGGAAGCUGCAGAAGGCCUUUCCAGCGGAAUGCCGCAUCCUGGAGAAGGUAGCGCUGCACCAUGCGCAGAUCCUGCAGCCUAAAGCCAUGGCGCUUCAUCAGGCGCCGUUCUUCCAGGGCGCCUCCCGCGGUUUCCUGGAGGCCUUGCAGAAGGCGAGCACGCGAUGGAUCCUGGCCUCCGGCGAGGUCGUCUACGAGAAGGGAAAGACCGAUUUGACCCGGGACCUCUUUUGCGUGGCCCGGGGCACUGUUCGUGUGGUCGCCGCAAACGUGGAUAGAAGCCGUCUCAUGGCUGCGGCGGGCCGACAGACAAGGCGAGCUGGCGUACAGGAUGAGCUGCUGGGUGAAGGAGCAGUCUUCGGGGAGAAUCUUGCUCUUCAGCUGAGAAAUACUCGAGCCAUGUCUGUAGUGUCCGAGACAAUUUGCGACCUCCACGUGAUGCCAGGAGCAUCUUUCAAGCAAUGUUGUGUUCCGUCACGAGCUCAGCAAGAAAUCUGCUUGCACACUGGGUGA